UUAAUAAGAACAAAUAUCGGGUUGCCAGGUUGUGAAAAAUCCCACUGGCUUUCUAUUUGGUGAUAAUACAGUUAUAAAUGUUAUUAAUCCAUUUAUACAUGCUGAUGGGUUUCUCGCUCUCCAAUAAGCCAUCACACCUGCAGUUAUAAAUGUUAAUAAAUUGUCAAUAAAUGGAAUUUGGUCCAGAUGAUCUGCUGCCACGGAUUGUGCCUUUAAAUUUUGUUUUUGUCAUCAAAGCGCUUCCGCCUUUUUUUCUUUCACUUUCACUUUAGUCAGGCUAUUAUAGCAACUAUUACACGUCUAUCCCGUGGUAACUCGUGCACGACCAGUGGGCUCUCAGUUCUGUGUAAAAGAAAGAGGUACUUCUCCAAAUUAUAGUAGAGCGUCAUAAAUUGCCGACGUGGUGUCUUCAUUCCGCUUUAGUUUGAGUCGCUGUUGUCAGAUUUUGACGGUGUAAGGUACGUCGGUCUUCAUUGCUGUUAAACAUUUCCAGCUAUCACGCUUCCUGUACCAAAGUUCAUGGCUCUGCCAGACCAACGUCAGCUUCAGACUAUUAAUGAAAUAGCCGAGGCUCUCUGCGACGUUGAACGCAGGAGGCUCCUCUUUCUGUGUGAAAGCUUGGACACGGACAACAGUGUGGGCUCUCUGAAGGCCAUGCUGAAGUCUAAAGUGAUGUGCUAUGAGAGAGGUGACCUGUUUCUGAAAGAGCUGAUGUUGCAGUUGAGACGUUUCGACAUCCUGAGGAAAGUAUUUAAAACCAGCAAAGAGGAGCUGGAGAGGAAUCUGACCUGCAGGCAGGUUCUGCCAAGAUUCAGAAUAUUGAUGGCUAAUAUAGGUGAGGAUUUGGUCAAUGAAGAUCUAGACAAUGUGAAAUUCUUGUUAACCAGCACGUUACCCCGUGAGAAGGUAGAAAAAUCAAAGAAUUUCCUGGAUGUGAUCAUUGAACUUGAGAAGCUGGAUAUAGUUUCACCUGAAAGAGUCGACUUUGUAGAGAAUUGUUUACAAAAUAUUGGCAGACUCGACCUAGCCAAAAAAGUGACUGCGUACAAGAUGUCAGUUGUAACAUCUGAACAACAUUCAUCUCAACAGCAAAAGUGCAGAGCUCCUCGUCCAUUCCCCCCAUCAAAUAGUUGCCAUCCACUACAGCAAACAAGACGAGGACAAUCCCCCCACAGUGCCACAGGAAUCAUACCAGCACCUGUAUACCGAGAGCAGAACUGUCAGAGUCAUCUAGAUUGUUACAAAUUUAACACUAAUCCCAGAGGAGUUUGUGUUAUCAUAGACUGCGUGGGUAAUGAUGGAGACAUGUUGGAACAGACAUUUAAGGCUCUUCACUUCAAUGUGUUCCUCUACAAGUGGCUGAGUGUGGGUGACAUUUUUUCAGCCCUCGAAUGGAUAUUAAGACAGAGAGAGAACCGUGAAGGUGACGGCUUUGUCUGUUGCAUCAUUAGCCGUGGUAUGUCAAAUCAUGUCCUGGGUACGGACUCGUACGGCGCUGGUCUUAGUCUGAACAGUGUCAGAAGUCUUGUCACUGCUGAAGCAUGCCCCAUGCUGGCUGGCAAGCCCAAACUCUUCUUCAUCCAGAGGUACAGCGUCCCCGAGUUCCAGCCCUGUGCCAGGAUGCACCACCGGGAUGAGGAUCUGGAGACAGAUGGGUUUGAUGGGCUGCUCAGAUGUGAAAUCAUCCCUACAGAUGCAGAUGUGUUCUGGAGUCACUGCUGGACGGAUGAAUGUCAACUGGAGCAAGGACACCAUCGCUCCAUUUACCUGAAGGCUCUGACAGACGCCUUACACAAAGGCCAAAGGAGGAAAACACAUCUUGUUGCUGUUCAUACCGAGGUGAAUGGGGCCAUCUUUGAACAUAACAAGAGGAAUCCUGGAGCAAACUACCACAUUGAUCUGAAACAUACUCUACGGAAAGAUCUUUACUUACAGUAGAGGAUUUAUCACCAUCACUUUCACUGAACCCUCAAUAUUGUCAGCCACAUAUUGAAAUAGCAUAUUCCUUGCCAGAGAAGAACCUUUUUUUUAACUGUGUAUGCAGUGACACCUGCUGGUUGUAUUAACUCAAAACGCUUAAAUGUGUUUUUUUUAACAGAUGAAGCAAAACUUUUUAAAAUGUUUGUUUUAAUGUGUAUUUAUUACAUUUUUGAAGUCUCACGCACCGUGUUUUUUUGUACAUAUAUAUUUGAAUAGUUUCAUAACAGACAUAUGAAUAUAAACGCAGGACAAAAUAAUAAUAAUAACAACAACAACAGUUAAGUUACAAACAACACACCCAAUCAAAGCCUUCAAUUCUUGCAAUACAAAAAAAAACAUUUCAGAGUAAUAUAAAGUAUAAUAAAAAUGUUUUAAUCAUACAUAACUUACUGUACAUGUAAUCAUAUAGAACUUAUUUUGUUCUUUGAAGAAUUAAUGUGAAUUGCCUUUUUCUUGCCUCAUACAGUGCAGCUAAAACAGGUAUGUGAAGUCACGUCAAGUCAAAUUAUUUAUAUAGCACAAAAUAAAAUAGAACAUGAAUACAUAUUUAAAUAUAUAAAAAACAAGAAAAAUAUGUAGAACCCAUAUUUUUGUUUUUAUUUGUAUCACUUUUUUAAAACCUGUAGAGAUGUGAAAAUUAUUUGUUACAAAGUAAACACUAUAUUUGAUUUGUGCUAUCUAUCUAUAUCUAUCUAUCUGUCCUUAUCACUCCUGUGAUAAGCUUUUUCUGAGUUAUAACAUUAUUUAUGUUUGCUACAGUACAAUAAAGUCAAAGAACAAUGAGUGAAAUAUAA